GGUUACUAUUUUACACACAGGAAGUGGCAUUUUGCUGUUACAAAACCAAUAUAUUUCUCCAAUGGUUUCUUUGCCUAACGCUAGUUAACUACAGAUUUACUGCAUAAACCAUACGCACUUAUUGUAAUCGUUUGGAUUCGACUGAAAGAUUUCAAAGGCCGCUUUGGCUGUUUGCUUAAAGUAUUUAAAUUCAUCUUUUGGAUUCUAACGGAAAAUGGAGAAAGGGAAAAACAAAAAGAUCACUGAACGAGCUAAAAGAAAGGCACCCUCUUCUGUUGAUGAAAGUGUUGCAGGGAAGAAGUUCAAAACAAAGGAUGAUGGUAAAACGAACCAUGACAAGAUUCCCACGUCAAGCAAUGUACUCUCAACUGAAUGUGCAAAGAAAACUAUUGUCAAAGACAAGAAAGUUAAGGAUGACUCACUUCAGAAGAAACGAAAACGUUUGGACACCUCAGUUUCACAGAGCUCCAUAGAGUCGAGCAAGAAAAAAACUCAGGAUGGUGGCCCAGAGGUCGAAAGAAAUGGGAAAGGAGAACUUGUGUUCACAGGGUUCCCAAUGUUCCGGCCUAAUAUGACUCCAAAGGAAGUGCUCCAAGCUGGAAGCUUUGGAGGAACAUACUUUAGACCAAUACACUCCAGCGUCACAAAGCAAAACUACCAAGAUGUUUGGAAAGAGCUCCCUGAAGACUGGCUGAAAAGUUUAGACAUUCCCAAACAGGUGGCCUCCUCUGCAUACAGGGAAGAUGUAAACACGUACAAAGUGAAGUGCGGCGGCAGUCUGGAGAUGUGGGAGAGCAGUGGCUGGAUCGUUACCCAGGAUCCCUAUGGAUGGUUUCAGUGGUACUGCAGGUUCUACCAGGGCAGACGUACCCAGGAUGAUGAGCGGCAGGUGGGACGAUGGGCUAAAUGUACGGGACUGAGAGGCAGAUGGAAGAAUAAUCUCAUCACUAAAAUAGUCCGGUCGGGCUGUGGCUUUGACAAUUUAGCAGUCUCUCCAGUGGUCAGACAGACAUUACAACACUGGGGCUACCGGCUGACGAAGGAAGACUAUGUGGAGGGGGCAAAGCGAGUAAAAUCCUGAUAACUUCAGUGCUCGUAACUCCUAUGUACCAACUGUAGCUAUGAGUUUUGAGAUAUGUUCGCAUCUUUCAUGGGGUGGUGGUCUGUUUUUACUUGAGAAAACAAUAAACACAUUUUAAGCAUUUGACUACAAAAUGUUUAUUUUUGCAUGUACACUAUGACCACCACGAGCUAUUACGUAUGUGGUCUGGUGGGGGCUAAAUCCAAGACAUUAGACCUAGAUUGGUUAUGUUCUAGCAUUUUCAAGACUGGCUUCAUCAAAAAAUACGACUCGACCACCCUCUAGUGUGGUGAACGAAAACAAAGUAAAACAGGCUCUGAUAAGGUUUAAAACGCAUUCGUAUUUCUCCUCCUGCUAUUGGCUAGGUUUUGAAAUCGCUGACUGUACUUCGUUUUUGGCGCCCGGUCUUCGCGGUUGGCGAACCAGAUUGUAUAUCGAGAACGCAUGUGAAGCAGUUUCGCAUCGACAUAUCAACAUGCACAUAUUUUAGUUUGGUUGCAGGUUAACUAAUGUAUCUUAGGCUACAACAUAAGUUUAGAAUAAAAGCCAUAUUGAGAAGUGCAUUUAAAUGAUUCUGCUUUUCAUGCAUAGUCUACUUACAUUCAUCAAAUAAAGAUAUGACGUGUUAAAUUUCCAGCUGGACAUUCCUUCGACAUGUUUUUACGUCAGUGAUCUCGAUGUAACUGCUUUUUCAAAAUAAAUGUAAUCAGCGUAUGUGUCAAGAAACUGGUUUUAGGGUCAAUCAUAUUCUGGUCCGAGGU